AUGCAAAAAAAGAGACAAAGAGGUCCAAACAAAAGCAAACGUUUCACUGAUUAUACCAAACAACAUCAGGCAAGAUUAAGGCGAGGAUUUAAAGAAGACUGCCAGUCAGCACUGUCAUUUUUAGGCCUCUACAAUUUUAUUGCCACCAAGGUUGAGGUAUUUAAUAAUGACACUCAACAGUAUGAAACUAUUUCAUUGGUAGAAGAGGGAGAGUUACAACUAUUGGAAACAGAGCCAAGAGAGCUGACUGACAAUGAUAUUGAUAACAUCAAUAUGUGGGUUUACUUGAAGGACAAAUUGAAUAUAUCUAAUGAAGUUUGGCAUGAGUUGGCUGAAGUGUAAAGACAUGCCCACAAAAUAUAAAAUAUGCAAACACCUAGAUAAGCUAAAUGCCAAUUGGAAUCUGAGAAGUACACCAGGGGAGGCAGAGGGAGUACAGAUUUCUUUCAGGGAGAGUCUUGAGGAACAGAUAAAAAGGCUGCAGAAAAAUGGAGUAUUGGACAAGGUUACUACUACUAAAGUAAAGCUCAGUGGUGAUGGUACCAACAUUGGGAAAAGGCUUAAACUUGAAAAUGUCACAUACACAAUUCUGAAUGAAAAGGAUGCAGCAAUGAAUGAAAAAGGGAACUAUGUUCUAGCAAUAAUUAAGAAAACAGAGAACUAUGACAAUCUUAAAGAAAGCCUUGCUGAUCUAAAUAAUGAAAUGUCAAAUUUAAAAGAAAUAACUGUAAAUAGUCAUAAGUAUAGUUUUGAGUAUUUUUUGGGAGGAGACUGGAAGUUUCUAGCCCGUGUUUGUGGUUUAGGGGCUGCUAAUCAAAAUUUCUCUUGUAUUUGGUGUAAGUGCCCAGGAAAUGAAAGGUUUGACAUCAGUAAAAAGUGGUCUAUAACUGACAAAUCUCUUGGGGCAAGAGAUUUACAAGAAAUAGGUAAGUAUACAAAAUCUAAGCAAUAUAAUUGUAAAACCAAUCCAUUAUUUGAUUUUAUUCCUAUUGACCAUGUAAUAAUUGAUACUCUACAUUUAUUUUUGAGAAUAUCUGAUAAUUUAAUUGAACUUCUGAUCAGGGAACUUCGCAGGAAAGAUGUCAUUGACAAGGUAUCUACUUUUUCAAAUGGGUUUUGUCGAAAUAAGUAUAGACAUAUGGCUGGGUAUGAGAAAUUUGUAAAAGAACUUGGAAUUAAUUUUGAAUGGAAAAUUAAUAGGGACAGCAAGAAGUUGGAGUACAGAGACCUUACUGGACCUGAAAAACUCUUGCUUUUCCAACAUAUUAAUUUUCACUUACUAUCACCAGUUUUUCAUAAUGUGGACAAGCUGCAAGCCCUUUGGGGUAAUUUCAUAGAUAUUAUGGGUGAUCUUAAACUUAAUUACACUACAGAUGAUGCUAUCUCUAGCCUCAAAGACAAAAUCAAAAAAUGGUUUCAAAAAUUCUUAGACCUUUACCAAGCAAAAGAUGUAACACCAUAUAUGCAUUCUUUGUAUGCUCAUGUACCUGAAUUUUUAAAGCUCUACCAAAAUUUAGCUUAUUACACUCAGCAAGGUAUGGAGAAGUACAAUGACACUGCAUCAAAGGACUACUUUAGAUCAUCUAAUCAUAGAGGGGUUUCUGCUCUAAAGCAACUUUUCUUGAAAAAACACAGAAUACAGCUUUUGGAAGUUGCUGGUUUGGAAAGGGUGAAGGAAAGCUACAACUGUGGAAACUGUUCAACUUCUGGCCAUACCAUCAAAACAUGUACUGCAAAAUGCAGCAAA